AUGGCUGUCGGGACCGAAAAGAAGACAGCGAUGCAGCUUGGCGAUGCCAUUGUGGUGUUUGCGCUGCAGGGCGAAUUUCCCGACGAGGGCGUGUCGUCCCUCUCGCUUGCCGAAGGCGACCUAUCCCCAGCCAUUGAGGCUUUGGCGAGGGCCAAGAGCCAACUCGAGUCUGAGAUACACACCAUCAACGAGGAAACAAAAGGCGACGUAAGCUCGUGGGUCCGAAACGCGAAGACGCUGCAGGAAGACAUUCUCCGGUCAAAACGACUAGCAGAUGACAUUGUCCGACAAUCAGAGGCUCCCGACGUUUCUGGCAAGACGAUACAGGAUGCAGUCGACCAUGUCGAUUUUUUGCGGAGGGAGGUCCAAUACAGCCAGCAGCUGCACGAGGCGUUGACGGGCAUUCGAUACGUCAAUGACCUGCUGGCCGAAUCCUGGACCGAGCUUGACAAUGUGCCUGUCAACAAGAAGAGCUGCAGAGUGAUGCGCCUUCUCGAUGUGCGCGCAUUUGAGCUCAAGUCUGCUGUACACAAAGUGUUCGACCAUGUCUGGAACACAUUGGUGCAUGUUGACAGCGAGACAAAGCGAUUGUCCAUUUACAGCCAACGAGAGACUGAGCAGAUGACGCUGAGUGAGGCCGUCGUUGGUCUGGAAGCCUACAAGGAGGUUGAUGACCGAAUGUCCCAGCUUUGGCAGGACAUCGACCGGGCGAUCGUCUCGCCUCGAAUGGAUGUUAGGGCACCGCAGCUGUUGGCAAUUCAGGCAAGCGAGAACGUCCUCGAAGCGCAAGGCGAGGCUGGACGAACGAUUGAUGAUCUUUUUGCCGAUCUUCAAAAAGUCGUCGAAUUCCUAGCCAAACGAUUGCCACCAGACCUGUUGAUUUAUCUAAGUCCUAUUAUGAUGAGCGAUGUCGUCCCACGGCUGGUUAGCACGUGGCUGGACGCGGCAGUUCCCUCUUCAUUGCGGGAUAUUGGGCAAUUCCAGGCCGUCAUCAGAUCCGCGAGCGCGUUCUGCUCCGCGCUGGAGCAGAACGGGUUUUCAGGCUUUACAGAACUCAAGGAAUGGGUUGGCAAUGCUCCAUCGAUCUGGCUUGCUAAAUGCAGGGAAACGGCUUUGGACGCUGUUGAAAAGGUGGAGAAGCAAAUGGUAUCACGGUCGGAGGGCAAGGAGCUCGCGGCCAAUGGAGUUGCUGCGCAAGCCGACGACGACGACUGGGGCGCAGCGUGGGGUGAGGAAGAUGCUGGCCAGCCCGAACCCGAGCCCGAGCCCGAGUCCCACGGGUCAUUGGAGCAGUCCGAGGCCAAGCAUGACGCCCCGCCGGAAGACGACGGCGCGGACGUAUGGGGAUGGGACGACGAUGACCAGACAGCAGGUGCCGGGGGCGACGGCGAGGAAGCGAAGAAGGGCCAGGAAGAUGACGAUGACACAGCAGCAGCAUGGGGUUGGGGAGACGAUGAUGGCGAUGCAGCAGUUGCAUCAACAUUCGUGCCGGCGCCAGCGCCAGUGCCGGCACGAGCACCAGCAGCCGCCAAGCGGGCCAAAUCGACCUCGACGGCCGAAGAAAGUCGGGAAAUGGUGCUUAAGGAGACGUACCACAUCUCGUCCAUGCCGGACCCUCACCGGGGCUUUUCAGUCAAGCCGACACUGGCGCUGGCGAUGUUCCGGGCCGUUUCGCCACACUACUACGCCAUGGAAUUGGGCGGCAACAUGCUGCUGUACAACGACGCCAUGUAUCUGGCGGAGAGGUUAAGUGAGGUGGGCGAGAGGUGGAAGGCACGGGACGAUGUAACGCCGCGGGCACGCAACAUGCUGCGGAUCGACAACGACGUCAAGGGCCUGCAGGGGUUCGCGAACAGGGCGUACACGGGGGAGCUCAGCACGCAGAAGACGGUGCUCGGCGACCUCGUGGGCGGCGAGCAGAGCCUCAUGCAGCAGGACGAGAUGGACAGCUGCAUCGACUCGGCCAUGGCGCGGGUGCGGUCGAUGGCGGUGACGUGGGAGUCGAUCCUCGCGCGGUCGGUGUGGUACCAGGCGGUGGGCGCGCUCGUCGACAGGCUGGCGACCAAGAUUAUAUCGGACGUCAUGGACAUGGCGUCGGUGGGCCAGGACGAGGCGUACAAGAUUGCCCAGCUCAUUGCCAAGGUGACGGAGCUCGACGACCUCUUCCUGCCGUCGCGGUCAUCGUCGUCGGCGGCGACGGCGGGGGGCCGCGAGCCGACGGCGGCGGAUGCGGAGGAGAUUCCAGCGACGGCGCAGUAUGCGUCUUCGUGGCUGCGGCUGAAGUACCUCAGCGAGGUGCUGCAGUCGAACCUCAACGAGGUCAAGUAUCUGUGGUGCGACAGCGAGCUGAGCCUGUACUUUUCGGCGGACGAGGUGGUGGAUCUCAUCGAGGCCAGUUUCGAAGCGAACGCGCGAACGAAGGAGACGAUCCGGGAGAUUCGGGAGCGGCCUCAGCCAGUGCUGGCCUGA